AUGGCACAAGCAAUGCUGGUACCACCAGGAUCUGACAGCUUCUUCUAUUUCACCAAGGAAUCUCUUGCAGCUAUUGAAAAGCGUAUUGCUGAUGAAACGUCUCAUUGUGACAAAGAUGAGCAUAAAGAUGAUGGUGGUCAUGAAGCAAAUCACCCAAAACCAAGUAAUGACUUGGAGGCGGGAAAGACACUGCCGUUUAUUUACGGUGAUAUUCCUCCAGGAAUGGUGUCUGAGCCCCUGGAGGACCUGGAUCCAUAUUAUAUCAAUAAAAAAACGUUUAUAGUAUUGAAUAAAGGGAAGACAAUCUUCAGGUUCAGUGCCACACCUGCCUUGUACCUUUUAUCUCCUUUCAAUGUUAUUAGAAGAAUCGCUAUUAAAAUUUUGGUUCAUUCGUUGUUCAGCAUGCUCAUUAUGCUAACUAUUUUGACAAACUGUGUAUUUAUGACAUGGAAUAACCUUCCAGACUGGACAAAGAAUGUAGAGUACACUUUCACUGGAAUUUAUACUUUUGAAUUUCUGGUAAAAAUCCUUGCAAGAGGCUUCUGUAUAAAUGAUUUUACUUGCCUUCGUGACCCCUGGAACUGGCUUGAUUUUGUUGUAAUUUCCUUUGCGUAUAUAACAGAAUUUGUAAACCUAGGCAAUGUUUCAGCUCUUCGCACUUUCAGAGUAUUGAGAGCUUUGAAAACUAUUUCUGUAAUCCCAGGCUUGAAGACUAUCGUUGGAGCCCUAAUUCAGUCUGUGAAGAAGCUCUCGGACGUUAUGAUCCUGACUGUGUUUUGUCUGAGUGUAUUUGCACUAAUAGGGCUGCAGCUGUUCAUGGGCAACUUGAAGAAUAAAUGCUUGUUAUGGCCAUCAGAAAACUCAACAUCUUUUGAAGAAUACCUAGCUCCGUACUUUAAUGGUACGGUGUUUGAUUGGACGGCAUACAUUGAUAAUGAAAGUCAUUUUUAUCGCUUAGAAGGAGAAAAGGAUUUUCUGCUUUGUGGCAAUAGCUCAGAUGCAGGUAAAUGUCCAGAAGAGUUUAUCUGUGUGAAGGCUGGUAGAAACCCCAACUAUGGAUAUACUAGCUUUGACACAUUCAGUUGGGCUUUCUUGUCCCUGUUUCGGCUGAUGACACAGGACUUCUGGGAAAAUCUUUAUCGGCUGACGCUACGAGCUGUUGGCAAAACGUACAUGAUAUUUUUUGUUCUGGUCAUUUUUCUGGGUUCUUUCUAUUUGAUUAACUUGAUUUUGGCUGUGGUUGCCAUGGCCUAUGAAGAACAAAAUCAAGCAACUAUGGUUGAAGCAGAACAGAGGGAGGCAGACUUACAGCACAUGCUUGAACAGCUGAGGAAGCAGCAGGAAGAAGCUCAG